GCGCGGGCCGCCGAAUGCGAUGUGCGACGGGACCUCCAGGGGCAUGCGCAGCGGUCAUGGAGCCAGGCGUUGGCCGGCGACCUCAGAGGCACCUGGACAGCCCUGGAGGGUGAGCGGCAGGUCUGGGAGAAGGACCCCGAACCCUUCGCGCGGCGGAAGAAGGAGCUCUGGGCAGGCAUGGGGCAGCUCCGACAACGAGUAGCCGUCCUGGGAGCAAAUUUGCGCUUCGCACACGGCUCAGAGGAUGUCCGGAAGAUGGUGUCCAGCGUGGAGCACAAGCUGCAGGUCUAUGCAGAGCAAGCAAGGCAGCAACAUGAGGAGCUGGCCGCCGACGAGUGCAGCUUGCAUCAAGCGCUACAGGCAUCCUUGGCACGGUUCGAGGCUUGGACGCAAGAGACGGGUCCGCGUCCUGCGCCACGCCGGCGGGCAAAGUCCUGCGAUGGGCAGGCCCAGGGUCAAGCAUUGCGCACCCGCGUGGCCCAACUCACGGAGCAGUUGGCUCCCAGCCGAGGUGGAUGGAGUCGGGAAGAUCACGAGGCAUUCGUGAGGCUCCUCUUGGG